GAACUGGUAGCGUACUGGGCCCACAUUCACCGCCUGCCUGCUCUGCCCUGCCAAGAGCGCCUAUUAUGCGAGGUGUCCGCUGAGCCUGAGGCAUUUGACCCCAUUGACCAAAUCUUCAUGAAGGAGUUGAGAAUGCUUCACGGACCGAUGGACACCUCACAGGACUCCUUCAUCUGGCGCUACGUGAAGGCCUCAAGGGAAGGCUUCGGCGCACCCCUCAGGGAGUGUGCAGUCAUCUACUCGACCUGCCCGCUGCCCGCUGAAGGUAUCCUCAACAUGCCGGUGCUCAAAGUCUGGCAAUACAUCGCGUCAAAACUCCCAUCACCCCCACUGCCACUCCCACCACCUCCGCCACCUUCCUUAUGA